GAAAAAAAAAUGGCCAAAGUUGUCCAAAUUGUGUUCUUAAUGGCUUCGAUAUUAAUGGCCGCUACCGUCGUCGGAGCAUACGAUAUUCUUCUCGGCGCCUACUACGGUCUUGUUGGCGACAACUUGCCUCCACCAUGGAAGGUGGUGCAACUCUGUGAACAAUACAACAUUCGUCGGGUCCGACUAGAUGUACCAGACGUGGAUGUUUUGACUGCAUUUCGUGGUGGGGCUAUUGAUGUCUCUUUUGGUAUACCAAAUAACAUGCUAACAGAUCUGGCCAAUAAUAAAGGUCUUGUAGAAGAGUGGUUUAAUACCUACGUUAAAACCUUUGUUGAUGAUUUCAGAAUCAAUUACAUCAUUGUUGGGGACAAGGCCAUCCCUAGCCAUGCCAAUUUCAUAUUGCCAAUCAUGAUGUCCCUUCAAGAUCUCCUCAAUGCAAACUAUCUUGGACAAGUGAAGCUCACUACAUUGGUUGGGUACAAUGCAGCAUUGGUCUCUAAAGACCCGCCAUCCAGCGGCACAUUCGAUCCAACCGUACGUGAGAGCAUGAGAGGCAUCCUCAAAUUCUUAGCAGAAGAAGGCUCAGCUUUGAUGGUUAGCGUAUUCCCCCAUCAAAAGUAUGAGUUCAAUGGCGGUAUAAGUUUGAACUACGCGAUAUUUAACGAGACAAAUCCAGUAGUUCAAGACGAAGGGUUGGAAUAUUACAACUUGUUCGAUGCAAUGGUGGAUGCAUUUUAUGCAGCUAUCGAAAAAGAAAUGGUUGGAGAAGUGAAUAUUGUAGUUGGAGAAACUGGGUGGCCAACUUGCGGAGACAUAUCUGGAACACAGGCCAUUGCCAAGGAGUACAACAACAAAUUUAAGAGUCAUAUUUCCUCUGGCAACGGAACACCAAGAAAGCCAAAUGUUUAUCUUGAAGGUUUCAUACAAAGUAUAUUCAACGAAGAUAAAAAACCUGAAGGAGAUUCACAAUGCUAUGGGAUGUUUGAUGUCAACAUGAAACCUAUUUAUCCAUUGUUUAGUACUGCAACAGCAGAGAAUAUGUUCAUGUCAGGAAAGAAAAAUUAGUUCAAAAUCAAACAAUUAUACAUUGUUUAUAAAAUUCAUCAUUCUUUGAUUGAAAGUCAUAUUAAUCAUUCUUUAAUCCCAAAAUUAGCAAUGUGAGAACUUAGUUAAGUUUAAGUUUCUCUGCUAAAUGAAUUUUCAAUGUUUUUUUUCUUUUUUUCAUUUAAG